CAGAAAGACAAAUAUAUAGCUUCUUUUUUAACUAUAUGAGUAUAUAUAAAGUUAAAUCUAUUUAUACUUGCUAUAACCCAUAACCUUGUAAACAUUGUGAUUUUUAAAGGUCUAUUUUACAAAUUGUUUUGUGUUAGAUAUUAUUUUAAGCUGUACCCUUGCUGCUGUACUUAUGCUGUACCCUGUAAGCGUGUUUAAUUGCCACUUUCAUUUGAAUUUAAACUCUUCCACUGAUCAAUCUGCUCCUGAAUAAUUCCAUCUUAGCUCUGAUCUCGUAGUAGUACUUACUGCAGUUAGUUUAUGCCAUUGAAAAAAAUAUUUUGCUCAUAGCUUGUUAGCUAUAAACUAUUACACGUAAAAACAAAUAAUAAUUUAUGAAACAAAAAAAUGUCUGUUACGCCUACAAAAACUAAAAAUGAUCUAAUUAAUUUUAUUCCAAAAGAAAUAAUAACACCAAACAAGGACAGUCCGGGUAUUUCAAAAACAGUUUAUUCACACAUAACCAAUCUACACCAUCUGUUAAGUAAUUGGUCGACUAUUAGAGAAAAAGGCUUUAAGAUAUGUAAAUCUAUAUCUGCACUAAAAUUAUAUGAAUAUAAGGAUGGCUAUUAUCCACACCAAACAAAACCACUUACAGACAGUUUAUUAGAAGCCCUUGACAGCUUAGAGAAUGUUGUGGAAGGUGUUAGCAUCAUAAACAAUCAAAUGCAAGCAUUAGCCCAACUGCAGUAUACUCAUGAACCUGUCAUCAACACUUGGUCGGCAAGUGAAAUUGCAGAAAAUAUUCUAAAUAUAUACAAUAGUUUGCAUAAAGAGUUUAAUUUGAAAAAAAUCAUUACAGAAAACAUUGCUCACUGUAGAGAUGAAAACUUAAUAGAAGUGUAUGUGAGUUCAUGGGAAUUUGAUACUUUUUUAAGUAUGGAAUUAAGUGCUUAUCUGUUUGCUGACGUUGGUUUAGCAGGAAUCACAUAACAUUUAACUAAACGAAAACAUAUAGAAAAUUAAAUCAAUGACAUUUAUUAUUGCUUGUAAUUUAUUAAACAAUAUAAAAA